AACAUUUUCAAUAUACUCCAUAAACACAGAACUAGCUCCACCAUAUUUCUUCACCCACCAUUCACUUUUACUUCUACCAAAAAUAACUCAUUCCAGUGAUCAUUCAAUAACUGGAAGAAAAAAGAAGUAAUAGUUUCUUUAGCAUCGGUUAUCUUAUUUUAUUCUUGUUUUUGCUUGUUGCUAGCCUUUCUUUUCAAUUCAUCUUUCUUUGAGUCGAGGCUCUAUCGAAAAAAACCUAUCUUCCUUUUCAAGGUAAGGAUAAGAUCAGCGUACACACUAUCCUACUCAGAGCUCAAUUGUGGCCUCAGUUAUAUUAUUUUAUCUUCUUGUUUCUGCGUUGCUACUGCCUUCUUUUUUAAUACAUCUUUCUUUGAGUCGAGCGUCUAUUGAAAACAUCCUCUCUAUCUUGUCAAGAUAUAAAUAAGAUCUGCGCACACAUUAUCCUCCCCAACUCCAGUCGUUGAGUUACAUUGGGUUUGUUCUUCUUGUUGUUAUAAUGUGCUCGACAAAGCAGAAGCAAAAGCUCAAUAAGAAGGGCGGUGGAAGCGAAAAAGAUUGGAGAGAAGAAGUAAUCAAUAGCGGUUCGUUAAAGUGUGUUGAUUUGAAUGAUGGAACAAAUGGGUGGGCAUCACCUCCAGGAGAUAAUUUCAAUCUACGAAGUCCAAAUUACUUCACGAAAAAGACGAAAAUACCCUCAGGGGAAUGGCUUUUGCAACCUGCUGGAGUUGAUUGGCUAAGGUCAAAUUCGAAACUCGACCAUGUCCUUGCAAGGAACGAUAACCGUGUAAUACACGCACUGAAGAAAUCUCAUUCACAAGGUAAAUCUCUAAAAACCUUCGUAAUCGCGGUGAAUCUUCAAAUCCCUAGUAGGGACCACCACAGCGCGGUUUUUUACUUCGCCACUAAAGAAAACCGCCCACUCGAACCGGGUUCACUCCUCUAUCGGUUUGUACACGGUGACGACUCGUAUCGUAACAGCCGGUUCAAGAUAGUGAACCGGAUGAUUAAAGGACCAUGGAUAGUGAAAGCUGCUGUGGGGAAUUACUCAGCUUGUAUACUUGGUAAAGCUUUGAAUUGUUAUUAUCAUAAAGGUGAUAAUUACUUAGAAAUCGACGUGGAUAUUGGUAGCUCGACAAUUGCUAGUGCGAUUUUGCAUUUGGCUUUAGGGUAUGUUACAUCAGUGACGAUUGAUAUGGGGUUUUUAGUGGAGGGGCAGAUGGAAGAAGAGUUGCCAGAAAAGUUGUUUGGUGCUGUGAGGAUUUGUCAAAUGGAAAUGAGUUCUGCUACUUUUGUUGAGUCGUUCAGGAAAGUAAUACACAAUGGUCAUUUUAGCAAUAUUAGUAAGGUGCAAUCUAAGGACAGCGAAGAUGAGGAAGACAAGUGAGCAUUUUGUUCCUACCUGUAAUUUUGGAAAAUUUAAUGAUGUUAAAUUCUUUUGUGUCCCUGGUAGAUAAUGUAUUUGUUGUCAAUUUUAAUAAAAAGAAUUUGUCCCCC